GCUUGAUUACAGACCAUGAAAAAUCUCCACACCUAUUAAUCAUAAGGACUUUGUCUCUCUGUAUGCUUGUGCACUACCGGUACCCUUACUCCAUCACCUCACAAUUUUCUCUCUUUUGUUGUACAACCAUGAUUUUCCGAUUCAUUGUUCUCUUUACUGUGGUUUUAGCAACAUCAGAUAUAUUUGUAUUUGCAUUUCCAAGCAACGACACUGAUCAUCAAGCGUUGCUUUAUUUCAAGUCCUCGAUAAGAAAUGACCCGUUGCAUGUGAUGGCCUCAUGGAACAGUUCCAUUCACUUCUGUAACUGGACUGGCGUGACCUGCAGCCAUAGACGACAGAGGGUAACAGUACUAGACCUCUCCUCGCUGCAGUUGGGGGGGACAUUGUCUCCCUAUAUUGGAAAUCUCUCCUUUCUUAGCCAAAUUUACCUUUAUCAAAACAAGUUUCACAGUUCCAUUCCAAGUGAAAUUGGUCAACUGUUUCGCCUAAAAUAUCUUGAUUUAGGAUCAAAUUCAUUUCAAGGUGGAUUUCCCUUCAAUUUAAGCCAUUGUGUAAAGAUCAGAGAGAUGAGUAUGUAUGACAACGGUCUAAAAGGGAAACUACCUACCGACUUUGCUUCUUGGUCUAAUCUUUAUUCAUUUGAUGUUGGAAAAAAUCAUUUUACUGGAUCAAUUCCACCUUCGAUAGGGAACAUAUCCACUCUUCGUGUCCUCUAUCUAGGCGAUAACCAUCUAACCGCCAGAAUACCUUUGGAAGUUUCUCAUCUUGCAAAAUUAGAGACUCUUGUCUUAGGAUCGAACAAUCUGUCAGGUAUGGUUCCCCUACCACUUUACAACAUUUCUUCUCUGGAUACUGUUGGUCUAUAUUAUAAUCAGCUAGAAGGAACGCUUCCAGCAGAUUUAGGCUCCACCCUUCCUAUGCUGGAAAAUUUCUAUGCGGGAGGGAACAGAAUUUCAGGUCCUCUUCCACCAUCAUUAGCUAAUGCCUCCAACCUUACAGAAUUUGACAUGGUACAAAACAGUAUAACUGGACCUGUACCAACUAAUUUGGGUAGUCUUCAUAAUCUUGAAUCGCUAAGUCUAGGUAAUAAUCCCCUUGGAGACAAUAUGCGCCCUAAUGACUUGAGCUUCUUCGGUUCUUUGUUCAAUUGUACCCAUCUGAAGCAGUUGGUAUUACACGAUACUGGUUUAAGAGGGCAAUUCCCAAGUUCUAUUGUAAAUCUUUCCAUUACAAUCGAACAAUUAUUCCUUGACAAAAAUCACAUCUACGGAAGCAUGCCUAGUGAAAUUGGUAAACUUGAGAACUUGAUAGUACUUCAGUUGCAUCACAAUUUAUUAACAGGGACCAUUCCAGAAUCAAUUGGAGAUCUCUCAAAAUUAGGCAAACUAGGAUUGAGUGAUAACAACAUUUCAGGAGCAAUUCCAACCUCCAUUGGCAACCUAACUAAAUUAGUAUUUCUCAGUUUAGAAAAUAAUAAGCUCCAAGAAAGCAUUCCUACUCAAGUGUUUAACAUCUCAACUCUAAAGAUAUUGUCCCUUAAUAACAACAGGCUUAGAGGGAGGUUACCUGAGGAGAUAGUGUUUGCUUCUGAAUGUAUUUUCAUUUAUUUACAUCAGAAUCUAAUCACUGGACCAAUACCAUCAAACAUUGGAAGCUUGAAACAUUUGGCCGUAUUAGAUCUUUCGUACAACAAAUUAACAGGAGAUAUACCUGCUACUCUUGAAGGUUGUGUGAUGCUGGAGGAACUAUAUUUGGAAGGAAACCUUUUUCAAGGCAGAAUCCCAUCUUCUUUUAAAGCUUUAAAAAGCCUUGCAUUUUUGGAUCUUUCAAACAAUAAUAUUUCCGGGACUAUUCCCAGAUUUUUUGAAGGGUUCAAUUUGAUUAUAUUUCUCAACCUGUCACACAACAAGCUUGGAGGUCAAGUGCCGAAAGAAGGUCUAUUUUCUAACAUGAGUGUGUUUUCAGUUGUUGGAAAUUUGGAGCUUUGUGGAGGUAUUGGAGCAUUACAUUUGCCAGCUUGUUCUGUAAGGAAUAAGAAAAAAACACUAGCCCUGAGAAUAAUACUACUCAUGGUUUUUGUACCCCUUGCUAUCUUGUCAGCAUGUCUUGCCUUAAUUUGUUAUUGGUGUCGAAACUCCAAGAAGUUGAAUGACCCUUUCCCCAUGUUGGAGCCCUACCAAUAUACUAAACUUUCGUACCAAGACCUUCUGUUAGCCACAAAUCAGUUUUCUCCAAACAACUUGCUCGGUGAAGGAAGAUAUGGUUCAGUUUUCAAAGGAGUUGUUCAAUCAAUGGAAGUUAUAGUAGCUGUGAAGGUACUAAAAGUGGAAGUACAUGGAGCGAACAAGAGGUUUUUGGCAGAGUGCGAAUCAUUGAGGAAUAUUCGUCAUAGGAAUCUUAUCAAAAUCAUCACGACAUGCUCUAGCACUGAUUUUAAAGGCAAUGACUUCAAGGCUUUGGUUUUGGAGUUCAUGACCAACGGGAGUGUGGACGACUGGUUGCAUCCAAAUCCUUAUGAUCAAGGGAAUGAAAGAAACUUGACGUUACUCCAGAGAAUAUAUAUUUCAAUUGAUGUUGCUCUAGGAAUGGAUUACCUCCAUCAUCACAGUCAUGCAAGUAUCAUUCAUUGUGACAUUAAGCCAAGUAACAUUCUUCUCGACCAGGAUUUUGUUGCUCAUAUUGGAGAUUUUGGUCUGGCGAGGUUUUCUUAUGCAACUACUGGAGACAUCAAUCAAGCACAAUUGAGUUCAACAGGUGUACGUGGAACAGUCGGAUAUGUUCCUCCAGAGUAUGGAAUGGGAGGGGAGAUGUCAAUAGAGGGAGAUGUCUAUAGCUAUGGGAUUCUUCUACUAGAAAUUUUCACGGGGAAGAGGCCUACAGAAAGCAGCAUACUAGUAGAUGAAGGUGGUAAUCUUCGUGACUAUGUGAGGAAAGCACUCCCAUACAGAGUGAUGGAUAUUGUUGACCCCCGGAUUCUACUAGAUCAAGAUGAACAUGACUUGACUACAAAUCACUCAUACAGCAGGAACACCUUGGAGGCAUGUCUGACAUCAAUAUUUGAAGUGGGCUUAUUGUGUUCAGAAGAGACGCCACAAAAACGCAUUGACACUAGUGUUGCAAUUAAGCAGUUACAUGUGGCAAGAGACAAACUUCUGCAGUGCACGCACUAAUGCAAAUGAGAAUUUACAUUUUCAUCCAAAAAAUAGGCUCUGGAUAUUUACUGUCCUGGUGUCUGAAGAAUAACUUCUCAUAUGUACUCUUCCAUUAUUCUGUCUUCUUAUAUUUGCUGAACAUAGCAUUCUGUAUGAGUAUUAUGUUUCCUUUUUAUUA